GUCCAACCUUGCUAGCUUUUCUCAUAGUCGAUCUCGAAUUGAAUUGACCAUCCUCCGCCUCUGCGAUUUCUCUACUCUUGUUUUUAUUCAAUGGCUUCCACGCUCGAUUCCACCGCUGACAAGCUCUCCAAGCUCGGUAUCAAUGGCGAAUUCGCUACUUCUGCUCCAAACCUCCAGAAGAAUCUCCACCUUCUGUCGCCCGAACAGGUUGAUCUCGCUAAGAUGUUGCUGGAGAUGGGCCAAAGUCAUCUUUUUGAACAUUGGGCGGAGCCGGGCGUCGAUGACGACCAAAAGAAAGCACUUUUUGGGCAGGUGGCCCGACUGAAUUCAAGCUAUCCCGGUGGUCUGGCGUCAUAUAUUAAAAACGCUAGAAGACUGUUGGCUGAUUCAAAAGCUGGAAAGAACCCAUACGACGGCUUCACACCUUCUGUUCCAACCGGGGAGACUUUGACAUUUGCUGAUGAGAACUUCAUCAAUUUUGAGGAAACAGGAGUGAAGGAAGCCAGAAGAGCUGCAUUUGUUCUUGUGGCAGGUGGCCUUGGGGAGCGUCUUGGAUACAAUGGAAUUAAGGUUGCUCUUCCCGUUGAAACCACCAGUGGAACAUGCUUUUUACAGCAUUACAUUGAAUCUAUAUUGGCUCUGCAAGAAGCCAGCAAUAAACUUUCACAAGGUGAGAGCCAGGUGCAGAUUCCUUUUGUUAUUAUGACAUCUGAUGACACACAUGAACGUACCUUAAAGCUUUUGGAAUCAAAUUCCUACUUUGGUAUGCAAUCUACGCAAGUGAAACUUUUAAAGCAGGAAAAAGUAGCAUGCUUAGAUGAUAAUGAUGCAAGACUUGCACUGGAUUCAAAAAACAAGUACAGAAUUCAGACAAAACCUCAUGGCCAUGGCGAUGUUCAUGCGCUUCUUUAUUCCAGUGGUAUUCUGAAAGUAUGGCGUGAUUCUGGUUUGAAAUGGGUUCUCUUUUUCCAAGAUACAAAUGGACUUUUGUUCAAGGCCGUUCCCGCUGCAAUAGGAGUCAGUGCUUCCAAACAGUACCAUGUUAACUCGCUUGCUGUACCUCGAAAAGCAAAAGAAGCCAUUGGAGGAAUUACCAAACUCUCUCACGCAGAUGGGAGAACAAUGGUGAUAAAUGUGGAAUACAAUCAGCUAGAUCCCCUCCUCAGGGCAACUGGCUUCCCUGAUGGGGAUGUCAAUUCUGAGACAGGCUUCUCACCCUUUCCAGGAAACAUAAACCAAUUAAUUCUGGAACUUGAUUCUUACAUUGAAGAGCUCACAAAAACUGGAGGUGCCAUAGCGGAGUUUGUUAAUCCAAAGUAUAAGGAUUCCAGCAAGACAUCAUUUAAGUCAUCAACUCGACUUGAAUGUAUGAUGCAAGACUAUCCAAAAACAUUGCCACCGUCUGCAAGGGUUGGGUUUACGGUAAUGGAUACAUGGCUCGCCUAUGCACCUGUAAAGAACAACCCUGAAGAUGCUGCUAAGGUACCGAAGGGAAAUCCAUAUCAUAGUGCAACCUCCGGAGAAAUGGCUGUCUAUCGUGCUAACAGCCUCGUCCUUAAAAAGGCUGGUGUCAAGAUACCAGAUCCGGUGUUGCAGGUUUUCAACGGGCAAGAGGUUGAGGUAUGGCCCCGUAUUGUAUGGAAGCCAAAAUGGGGCCUGACCUUUUGUCAGAUCAAGAACAAAAUCAGUGGAAAUUCCUCAAUAUCUCAGAGGUCUACAUUGGCCAUAAAGGGUCAAAAUAUCUUUCUUGAGAAUCUGUCCUUAGAUGGGACUUUAAUUAUUGAUGCUGUUGAUGAUGCUGAGGUAAAGAUCGUUGGUUCGGUGCAGAACAAGGGGUGGACCCUUGAAACUGUUGACUUCAAAGAUGCGUCGCAGCCUGAGGUAACAAGAAUUAGAGGUUUCAAGAUCAACAAGAUUGAGCAGUUGGAGAAGAACUACUCGGAACCCGGCAAAUUCUCGUUGACGUCUUGAAGGUGAAACAAUGCAAAUUUGGGCCCUCUGGGCAUUGUUCGUUAUUCUUGGUUUUAGAUUUGACGUUUCGUUGAUCGUAAUAAUGCGUCCCAGUGAUGCAGGAAGGCUUUGUUGGGUUUAUCAUUCUUUUUUUUAAAAAAAAUAAGGCUUCUUUC